GGCAGUCGUUGAACGUCAGUGCUUGAAGUAAGGAAGCCUGUGAGGUCAGUUUCCACGAUGCUGCAGCUGUGUAAAGUCACCAAGGCUCUGUUCAUCAGUAACGCCCGUUCAGCCUGCAGCGACGAGCUCAUCGAGCAGGAGGCGGUGACGCUCUGCAUCAACGUGUCCAAGCAGCAGCCGUUUCCCUCGGCCGCCAUCAAGAAGCUGCAGAUCCCCGUCUACGACGACCCCAACGAGGACCUCUACAGCCACUUUGACCGCUGCGCCGACGCCAUCCAGAAGGAGGCGACCCGCGGAGGACACAGCGUCGUCUACUGCAAGAACGGACGCAGCCGCUCGGCCACCGUCUGCAUCGCCUACCUGAUGAAACACCGCAAGCUGACGCUGACGGACGCGCUACAGAAGGUGAAGAUAGCUCGUAAUGUGAUCGAUCCGAACCCCGGCUUCAUGUCUCAGCUGCAGAGAUACGAACUGGAGCUGAAGAAGAGACGAGGAGAGACCGAGUCACCGGCUAAAAGACCGACCGACCGACCGACCAGCCGACCGACCGCUCACUGACUGACCUGCAACAAAAACCUUCUGCCUGUGUGUCACUGAUCUCCAGUCAAACUGAAGUCAGGACUUAAACGUCUUCAUGAACUUCAGCGAUGCCUUCAUAUUAUGAACGUGAGCAGACGCUUCAUUUCACGUCUUAUAACAUGCCGACAGUGUGUGAAACAUUAUGUAAUAGAUUACUUUAUUAAUAAACAGCAGCUACUUCACUUAAAACCAGGAAAGAAACUAAAAGAGACAAAGUCCAAAACAUGAAAUACAGCAAUAAAAUAGUUUUAAUAGUCAGAAAAUGAGCAACAUGAAAACACAUACACAGUGUACAUAAUUAACAAACAGAUAUAUCAAAGAUGAUCUGAUAUAUUCAGGGACAUUUAAAGUUUUCAUUUGUUUGACGUUUUAGGUGCCAUGACGGUAAAAGUCACUUAAACUGUGACUAAGAGCUUUUUCUCUUUAACAUAAGGGCUUAGUAUUAUCUCAUGAUACUCUCCAUAGACGUACAGUGUGCUGCAAAUAGAGACGAGUCAACAUGAGACAGUGACGACAGGCUAAAAUAACUAUAAAUAUACAGUUAAUAUAUAUUCAAAAGUAAUGAUGAGGUCGUUUUUUCUCUUAGAUUUAAAAAGCUUUUAAAUCGAUCUUUGUGAUCUGAUGUCAGUGUGUUCGUCUCGCUGAGCCGGUCUUGACGUGACAGACUCGUGAAUCUUAAAACAGAGAGAGCAGAAAGUGUGUUUUAUCUUUCUCAUAUGAGGCCGCUGUUUCAUGUUUCUCUUUGCAAAUCUAAAGACUGAAGAGAGAGGAGAAAUCUGCAAACCUGAAACCAGUCAUGAGAAACUCAUCUCGAGAUGAUGAAGGUCCCGAUCUAGAGCCAGAGUGUAGUUUGUUUGUUCAGGGCUGCUGUAGAAAUGGAAAGUUCUGUGGAAGAGGAUCAGCAGCGAUGCCAACAGAUCCUCGUAAAAUGUUGCACACUGGACCUUUAAACUCAGAUCUGGACUCCAGUGGCAUGGCCUUCAUGAGCGUGUGGGCGCAGUUCCAUGAUUGACCUCUAGAUGGAAGCAUUUCCAUAGAAAACAAUGAGUCGGGAUCUCUGCAGGUGAAUCUGACCUGAAACGUGACCGGACGUGAAAAAACAAAGUGAACAAAUAAAACCAGUUUAGUAGCAUUAAGUCUUCAGAUAAAGUCACCUGAGAAAAGGUGGUUUCACUGAUCAAAGGUCAGUUUCACUGCACUGUUAAUGUAACAUGAAUCUUUUAGACAGUUUUCGGGUUUCAGGUUUCUCCCUUCAGUCUGCGGUCAUCUGCUUCUGUCCGGUCAGAACUGUUUUUAACAUGCCGGAAGGUUUUUGUUGACUUCACGUCAUUCAGUCAUGACCUUUAACAGUUUCCUCUGACUGAAAGAGAGGAGCUCACAUGAGUCACCUUCACUCCACUGUGCACUCGCAGCACUUUUAUUUAUGCUUAUUAAAAGAGCAAAAGGACGCGUGAAACACGAGUCAUCGUCGGACAAAAGCUGCUGUCAUAGUUUGAGUAACGUUAUCGCUUUGCACAAACAAGAAACUACAGCAGAGGACGGCGUCGGGUGGAGGAGGGAGUAACGUUAGAAAACAAAGACUUAGGAUUUAAGUCUCGUAAAUCCAGGCUUUGUUUUCCUGAGAUAUCAGGCUCAAAGGGAAGCAGUCUGAACCCAGAUGCUGACCUUAUUCUAUAAACAUUUACCUAAUGACGAUCAGAAACAGUUAUUUCAGGUUUAAGGUUCAUUUUAUAGUGACAGCAUUUAUUAUAAGUCAGGGCUGAUCACAGCUUCUGUGUAUUCAAACUGAAACUCUAAAGCACAGACAGUUUCAUCACUUAUUUGUUCUAUUGAUGUAAAUGCAUAGAAAACGUAUUCGCUAAGGUCACAGGCUGAACAGCAGAGUCAGCUCUGAAGUGUAACGUCAAACUUAGUUAACGUGAAUCCCAGUUCACUUUAAAACAUCUGGAUUCAACAGGUGUUCAGUUCUGCUUCAUGUUUUUAUGCUUGUACAAACUAAAUAUGAUUCAGACUUUUAACAAGCUGUUACACCCCUGCAGGGAGCAUAAAAACACAAAGUGGAGAAAUGACUCCAGACACUAAACGAAGCUUUUUUAAAGGGAGCUACCUGAACGCUGAACUUCUCGAGCUGACCAAAAACAGGAGAAAAUGUGGUGAGAACAUACAGAGUGACACAAAUUACAAAACCUUCCCUGAGCACUCACACCUCCACCUGAUCAGCUGGAUUGGAGUCAGCUGUGGUCGAUCAGCACCUGUGCACAGAUCCUCACAGGAAACAGGAGGUCACACUCUGACAAACAUAUGACACAAAAUGGCAGCCGUGAAAUGUCUUUAACUCAAGCUCAGGUUAUUUAUUGUAAAGUUUCUAAGUUGUAAAGAGAUUCGAUGUCGAUGUCACUGCAGGAAGAUGUUUGAAACUAUCCAUACUGUGAAACACACACAUGCAUCUGAGGUGUGUGUGUGUGUGUUGAAGUGUGUGUGUGUGAUUCUCAGGUGUGUCUUCUUCAUUUUGUGGUGCUGCCAUUUUUAGAAGUGAAUUAAAAGCAAUAAGUUAAAGUAGACGUCGGACCUCCGUACGAGACGUUCGUGCAGCUCGUUAUGAGUAAGAGCUAAGGCCUGAACACGCCUGCUGCUGUAACCUCUGUCUAUAACGUCAUUCAAUAAAGUUCUGUGUUCACUGUG